CUGGGCCUCGACCCGCGCCGGGACUACGCUGCCGCGGUGCCCCGACUCCUGCACAGCCUCGCCGACGGUGCGCACGGCCUGGCAGAUGCUCCCCUUGGUCUUCCUGGGCUAGCGGCGCCUCCCGGCCUGGAGGAACUGCAGGCGAUAGACGACCCGGGAAUGAGCCUCCUGGACCAAUCCGUGAUCAAGAAAGUCCCCAUUCCCUCCAAAGCCGGCAGCCUUUCCGCCCUCUCCCUGGCCAAAGACAGCCUGGUUGGCGGCAUCAGCAACCCCAGUGAGGUCUUCUGCUCCGUGCCUGGCCGGCUGUCCUUGCUCAGCUCAACAUCCAAGUACAAGGUGACCGUGGGGGAGGUGCAGCGGCGACUCUCACCUCCAGAGUGCCUCAACGCCUCCCUCCUGGGGGGUGUCCUCCGAAGGGCCAAGUCCAAGAAUGGGGGCCGGUGUCUGCGGGAACGACUGGAGAAGAUCGGGCUCAACCUGCCAGCUGGCCGCCGGAAGGCAGCUAAUGUGACGCUGCUGACCUCCCUGGUGGAAGGAGAAGCCGUACACCUGGCCCGGGACUUUGGUUAUGUCUGUGAGACGGAGUUUCCAGCCAAGGCAGCUGCUGAGUACCUAUGCCGACAGCACGCUGACCCUGGGGAACUGCACAGCCGCAAGAGCAUGCUGCUGGCUGCCAAGCAGAUCUGCAAGGAGUUUGCAGACUUGAUGGCUCAGGACCGUUCCCCACUGGGCAACAGCCGUCCAGCGCUCAUCCUGGACCCUGGGGUACAGAGCUGUCUGACACACUUCAGUCUUAUCACUCACGGCUUCGGGGGACCUGCCAUCUGUGCUGCCCUCACUGCCUUCCAGAACUACCUGCUAGAAUCGCUCAAAGGACUAGACAAGAUGUUUCUAAGCAGCGCGGGCAGCGGGCACGGAGACACCAAGGCUUCAGAGAAGGAUGCCAAGCAUCGGAAGUAACUGUCUCUUGUUCUGUAGUGAAGUGACUCCCGAUGAGACGAGGCCUUGGCUGCUGCGGGGGCCUUGCAAAGACUAACAGGUGGAAUUCCAUUCAGGCCAGAGAGAACUUUUAUCCAGAAGCCUGACUGGGUCAGGGAAGGUUUCUGGUAAGGCUGACAGGAAACUGUCAUGGAAAAGUCUGGUUCAGGGGGCAGAACCCUUCCCACCGAGAUGCCUGGGCAGCCAUUAACAAGUCUGAGGUGCUACUGAGGAGUUAGUGACCUCCACUCCAGAAUCCUCUAGCCCCAGAGAAAGGGGGAUAGCAGGAGGUCCCAGUGGGCUCUUUGGAUACUUCCUGCUCUUAGGGAGGAGUGGGCAGGAGAGGCCCCCGAGGAACAGAGAUGGUACAGCACAAAUCACAGAACUUGAACCCAGGCUGCACACCACAGACCUGCUGUCUGUCCUA